AUGGCGACAGACGAGCAUCCGAUUAACACGAGCGAUUGGUGGAAGGUGUAUGGCGAGCCCAGCACCAAGCCAGGCGCCAUUAGCGUCGAUGAGCUCACUGCUUGGUACACCGACAAGACGCCCGGAAAGGACUUUGUCGUUGUCGACGUACGACGCUCCGACUGCGACUACAUCCUUCCCGGCGCAAUCAAUCUGCCAGCUCACACACUGCCAGCAACACUUCCAAUCCUCGCACCGAUGCUCUCGACGGUGCCGAAGCUAGUGUUCCACUGCAAUUCGAGCAAGGGCAGAGGCACGCGGGCAGCCGGUUGGGUAGCCGAUGCACUCGUCAAAAUGCACGUUCAGUCAGGUGCAUCGGAAGAGCAAGCACAGCAGAGCAUCGCGCAGCAGGUCCUCAUUCUCACUGGCGGCGUCAUUGCCUGGACCGAGAAGCACGGCAAGCGUACACUCGAGACCAGGGGUCAGCCGUGGGAUGGCAAGUCCUUGUCCGCCAUUCCGCUCUAA